CGGGCGCGGCGGGGCGGAGCGGCCGCGGCCCCCGCGCUGCUCCCGCCGUGCCGCCGAGCCAUGGAGGGCUUCGUGGGCUUCACCAACCGCUGCCAGGGCCGCGACCAGCUCUUCCGAGCCACUCAGUACACAUGCAUGUUGCUUAGCUAUUUAAUAGAGAAUAAAGCCGAUAAAAAGAAGCUGGUAAUGAAACUCAAGCAGUUGGAAUCUAGCAUGAGCUCUGGCCGGAAAAUGUUCAGACUGGGCAAUAUGGUGCACGCCUUGGUGGCAGCCAGGAGAGCUGCAGAGCUGCCAGAGGUGGUUCCUCGCCUGUGCCUCACAGCCUCCCACCUGAGCCGGGCCCUGUACUUCGUGUGCGACGCCGUGCUCUGGCUCAGGAGCGUCGGGCUCCAGCCGCACGUCGACAAACCCAAGUGGCACACCUGGGCUACCAAGUGCUACUACUGCUCCCUCCUGAUGAAUCUGGCCAGGGACUGCUAUGAGAUCUCCUGGAGGCUGGAACAAGCUGCACUGGAAGAAAAGACAAAGGAGAAUUCCGUCUGGCAGAAGCACAGCGAGGAACUAAACGGUGUGAAAAGCGAUGGUUUGCACAAUUUUCUCUGCCUGCUCUUUCAGAUACUGAAAAGGAAUCCUCCUUUGCUGCUGGACUUGGUGAAGAACCUCUGUGAUCUCUCAGGCCCUUUGGAUACGCUGGGAAUCUACAAGACCAACCCAGGAGUGAUUGGUUUCUGCGGCAUCCUGUCCUCCCUGGUGGGGAUCCUCACAUUAGCAAGCCCACACCUGAAGCUGAAACAGUGACAUGAAAGGAGCUGCAUAGUAUAAGGCUGCAGCUUUGAUCCUCUGACAGAUUUUUAUCUUCAUAUAGCACUUUCGAAUGAACAUGUCUUAAAAUAAUCUCAAGAUUAAUUUUGUCCUCUGAAGAAGUGAAUUCUGCCACUUUCCCUUCCCUGUGCCUUUGCAGAUGAGUUUAGUGCCAUGACACACUCACUGAUGGGGUGGAGAGAGGAAAAGGCUGAGUAAUAUUUCACAAACAAAAAGAGGACUUGGAACUUGGCUGCUAGAUAAGAAAAUAUUCCUUUAUUUUAAUACAGGGUUGUGAAAUAACUGCAUAAGCAACUGUAAUAGGUAUUAUGAUUCAUGACUGCACUAAUCAUGUUUACACUGGAACGUUUCAAUUCACUAAUCCAAGGUCCCUGCAGUCAGAUUGCCUCAAAUGGGCUAAGGUGGGUUAGGAGCUGUAUUAGAGCAGCCUGAAGUCAGGGGUGAGUGUUCUGAUGGGUUUGGGUUGCUGGAUCCUGUGCCCUGCAGGCACUGAGCACACUGUGGUGGUACCUGGAAAGGGUCUGUGGUGUGUGCACCGGUGGUGCUGGAGCUGCAGUCUAGUGAGUGCCAACUCCUGUCCCAAAAAAUCUGCACUUUCUUUGUUUCCUUUGAUACUGUGAGCCAGGGACUGUUGGCCAGUGACUCUGACUGCUCCAGCAGGCCACAGCUGAGGGCUUUGGUGCAGGACAGUGUAUUAACUCCCAAACCCCUGUAACUGCAAGCACAACUAUUUUCCAUUAAUGAUAUCGUGAUAAGGAGCUUGUUUUUCUCUUUUAAUUUUACAUGAAAAAUUCCAGUCUAAUAAGGAGUUUGGAACAUGCAGUUAAGGAGAGAAGGCUGGCUCAGAGCUUGUUGAGUCACAAAAACUGCAAGGACAUGUUUGUAGUUGUGUAAGCUCCAGGAGGAAAGAGAAUGGAGUUUGUUGUGAUAACAUCAGAAUCCCGUGAGGAAGAAAGCUUUUUACUGGAUUUGGGCAUUCAUGGUUUAGACUUUCUUAUCUGGUGCUCCCUGUCCUCCCUGCUCAUGAGCACAUGACUGCUUGUUCCCUCGGUGGCUGAAUGGGUUCAACCAUUUGAAAAUGCCUCAUUUUGUUGCCCUGCAACUGUGUUAUUGUUCAUCACUGACCUCACUGGCAGUGAUGGCUGGCAGUGUAACUGGGUUAAAAGAGAAAUGCUGUGUCCAGCUCUCUAGCAUGGCAUGCAGUUUUUGCUGCUCCUGACUUUGCAGAGUACCAGUUUGACACCAUCUGAGACAAAAUUGCACAUUAUACAGGAGAUAAUUUUAACGUUUUUCUUCAUCAGAGUUAGGCCUGUGUGUUCUGCUGCUUCAUGGUGUAAGAAGUCCUUGUUUAAUCUGUCAAGGAGAUGUGAACAGACUAACCUGGACCAAAGUUCUCAUUUAUUAUUUCUGAUGCUAUCUAAAACCAGAAAAUUAAAAGGUGUGGGUCUCCUUUAUUAAAAGGCAAAGGAUGUGGAAUUAAGUAAGCAGGUGAGGCAGUGCUCCAGUUUACCUGAAGUUGUUCUUGGGCUUGGAAUUACUUCCAGUUUGAAUAUGAAGUGAUAGCCUGCCAAUGAAGUGUUUGAAAAGAAAGAGGUUGCUGGGCAGGAUAAUUAAGUGUGUUUGAAGAUCAGAUGUGGCCUUCAGCAGCUCUUCUUUUCAAUAUGGAAAUGAGUAGCACUAAAAGUAGGAGCAUACUGGCAGCUCAGGCCAAAAUGGAGCACUGUGUGUGGGAUAUAUAUUGUAGGCUAUAUUCUAGGCUUCCUCUCCUUUAUAACAAUGGAU